AUGGGGGGCGUGGCGAAAUGGCCAUCGAGAAGCGGCAGAAAGAAGAAGAAGCAGAAGCAGAAGAAGAAGAAGAAGCUUACAAGUGGGCAAAAGAGAGAGGAAACGGGAGGAGGCAAAUGGGGGCGUGGCUCGGUCGGUCCGUUUCAUUCAGUUUUUCGUCGCCGCACAUGUAGUCGAUGCGCAGCUGGACAUGUCCGACGAUCGUCCUGCUGAUCGCGGUGGCGGUACUGCCCGGCAGGACCCGCGCCGCGCCCGCCAUCUCCCUCGGCGACCUCGACGGCCCCGCCGACGUCUGCUAUCCUGAGACGUUCGUUUCUUUUUUUCUUCUCCUGGUAUUCUACUUUCUUUAACCUAUUUUGAAGAUUUUGAAAAUAACAAUCUACAAAAAUCCGAAGUUUUUGAGAAACAAAAAUCCAGAAAAAUUCGAAAUUUUUUCCAAAAGUCCCUUCUAGUAGGGUAAUUUCGCUUUUUUCCAAAAGUUUUUUGAAACUGGACCAGGACCAGAUGAAGAUUUCGAUUUCCCAUACUCAUUUUCACGGCCUUUUUUUCUAGAUUUUACGAAAAUUGGCCAGAAAAUCCUUCAAAACUGUCGUUUCCAAGUAAAUAAUCUAAUUAACAGCUUUUCGGUGAUUUUCUCAGGCCUCUGCUCUUCAAAUUUGGAAAUUUUGACACUUUUAUGACCACUUUCAGUUCUUUAAAAUUGAUUGAGCAAGUCUUUAGUGAAAUCUCAACUGAAAAAAAUAAAAUUAAGACCUUCUUGAGAUGUUUAAAGGCGCAUAGACAAAAAGCUCAAAAAAAGGUCUCAGGACGGCUGGCAACUUUUUUUAGGAUAUUUUAGGUCAUUUUAAGGUCAUUUUUAAUUUUCCUUAUAUCUUUAUAACGAAAAAAAUAAUAUUUUCAAAAAUAGAGAACUCUAUUUUUUCAGCUCAGAAGUUACUCCGCAGAAAUUCAGUACCAAAAAAAAAUUUUUUUUUGAUUUUUCAAAAUGGAAUGGCUCACUUUUGACCUGAUUAAUUUUAAUUUGAAAAAAACACGAUUUAAAAAAAUUUGGAUUUUUUUCGAUAAAAAUGGAGGAAAUUCGAAACAAAAAUCAUUUGAACUGUAAAAAUCUGUUUUUUUGACAGGGCUGAUAAAAAUCUCAUUUUUUUCAUUGAUUUUUUUCAUUAAUUUUUAAUUUUAUUCGCUCACUCGGAUAAGUCGCGAAAUGUCUUUUUUUAUCCUAUAGAUUUUUUUCAAAUUCGUCCCAAAAAAAGCCUUCAAAAAUAAGCUAGCGCAGUUUGAAUACUAAUAAAAUGCCUCAAAAAUCUAAUUUCUCUUUAUUCUAGAAGCAUAUUCCAAGUUCUAUCCUAUUCUGACUUGAAAAUAACUCUUUAAUUAUUUUUUUUUCUGGAAAAAAAGCAUUUUUUUAAAUAAUUCUAGAAAUUUACAAGAGCUUUUAAACUAAAAUCGAUAAAAAAAAAACUCGAAAAUCAAAGUUCAAAGCUUUGAAAACGUUUCGUAACGUUCAAAGUCCGACGAUUCCCUCGGAAAUUGCUUCCAAAUGUCGUAAAAACCUUUUCUAACACGGUUCCUAAGUGAAUUAGGUUCAGUUAAAAAGUGCAAGGGAGUCCCGGGGGCUUCUCUCGGGCGUUAUUUUCUAGUUCUUACACUUUUUACAAUUUUUAUAGCAUUCACUUGAGAUGGGUACCCCAAAAAAAUUAUAUUUUAAAUUCCAUGAUUUAAAAAUUAACAUUAAGUUCUCCCAUCUCCAGUACUCCAUAUCGUAAAUAUAUUGUAAAAAAACGAAUUCUUUUUCGCUAUUAAAUCUUCAUUGAAACAGUAAAGUCACGUUAAACUUGAAAUUUAACAAGAAAAAUGAACGAAUUUCUUCCUACUAUCCAAUUUUUGAUAUUUUUUUCGCAAAUGGCAAAAAAAGCUUUACCUUUAUUUAAAUCAACAUCGUGAAAGGGAAAACGUGAAAAAAAUCUUCCAAUUGUGGAGAAAUUUUCUCAAAAAAAUCCCAGUUUAAAUAAAUUUUUUUAAAUUACGAAAUUGUUCAAUGGACUUUUGUACUAUUUUUCUCUAAAAUUCAGGUUUUAGAAAAAAAGAAUUAAAAUUCAAAAAUAUGUUUAAAAAAAUUGACAGAAGUUCAUUUAAAACAUUACCCAUAAAAAAAUAUUCACUGAACUUUUUUUAAAAAAACUUGUAAGAAAAAAAUUUACCUAAUAAAACUGUUUCAGUCAGAUUAAAUAAGCAAACCUAUUAAUUUUACUCAAUUCCAGUUUCACAAACAAUCAGUAUCAACAAAACUUCCAAUUUUUCCUCGCAAAUAUUAUUUUUUGCAAGAGUCGACUUGUUAUUGCCAUCAUUUCUUUCCGCACGUCUCUUUUUUUUUGAUUGUCAUUUCAUAAUUGUCUUGUCCAGCUCGUUUUAUUUCAUGUGUAAGCAAUAAUUUUUUGAAAACUUCCAAGAAAUACCCAAUUUUAGAACUUGAGAACAAAAAACCAGCUGUUCUUUACGUUCCGCGUGAGCCAAAAGAGUUUUGGGAGCAAAAAAAUGUGUGAAAAAUCGGCUCAACCUCUUAACUCAAGUGCGCUCCACGGCUAAGUUCUUUGGACUUUUUGUGUUGGUUGAUUUUUCUAGGAAAUUUUCGAGAAAUAAUUGGCUUUUUGGAAAAAUCUUACUGAAACAAAGUACGAAAAAAAUUUCUAUCAGUGAAAAAUUGAAAAAAAUAUUAAAGAGGACCUUUGACAAAACUUGAAAAAAACGUUUAAAAAAACUAAAAAUUUUUUUCCAAAAAAAUUUGAAUUUUUUUAAUCGAGAAGAAAUGAAAAAAAUAAAUCGAGCUCGAACCUAUCGCCUAAAAAAUCAAAAAAAAAUCACGCAUUGGUAUUUUAUAAAACUACUGAAACCGUGAAAUGAUGUUAAAAAGUGAAAAUAGUCAAAUUUUUUUUUUCAAAAGAUUUUUCUGUUGCACUUUCAUUGAGAAUUAAUUGAAUGAAGUCAGAAAAAAAUUUGAUGUUUCAAUAAGAUUCGUCUAACUUUAAGUCUAAAAAGCCGAUUUUUUUCAGGAGAAAUUUUUUUUAUUUUGUCAUUUUUUUAUCGAUAACUUCCAGGAUAUUUCUUCGACCAAAACUCAAACAUUCUCAUUUUUAUAAAACUUAAAAAGUUUUUUUAUAAUUUGAUAAACUCCCAAAAGUUAAUACCUUUAAUUUAACCUGUUAACCUGUGACUUAUUUUAGUUUUAACAAAAAACCAGAAUUUCGAAUUUCCAAUCGAUAUGUCCAAUUUUUAUCGAAAAUGAACAUUUUUAGAAGUUGACUCUCUCACAAUGUUCCUCUAGCCCAUCAAAAAGACUUCUCGCCUAUUUUCAGGAAAUUCUGAAGUUUUAAUUGAAAUGACCUCCUUGUAACGAGGCUAUUUUUAAAACUCAAUUUCUCAAAAGAGCCUCGUUUCCUCCACUUUUGCUACUUCUCUCAACGGAAAAAUGCAACGUUUCGAAACCUCGUUACAUUUUUUUUUCCCCCGCAGUUAACUAGUGCAAUUUCCCGUCCAUUUCCGAGACAAUAUCCCUGAAGGAAAAAAAAGCUGCGAGAAUGUGUGCUCCGUUGAGAAAAAGUGGGAAAAAAGAGCCGAAAUUGCAAUCGGAAUGAACCGGCAAACUUUGGCGACGACGGGUUCUUUUUUUUCUGCCUUGCCCAAUUUAGACUCGUCUUCUCAACUUGUUUUCUCGCAGAAAAAAAAGCUGCCGUUCUUUUUUCCAUAUUUUUGCCGAGGCAGAGGAAAUUAGGAGAUUUUUUCCGGGGGUUUUGGAAAACUCAAAAUUGCGACUUUCUUUCAGGAAAUUGAAAAAAAAGCUUCUUCUAUACUAUUUUCUUUUCUAAAUAGGAAAAUUGUGUACCAAAAUGCUUCUUGAGCUUGGAAAAAAGCCCUUUCAACAACUAAAUGGGAGAAUUUUUAGUGGUCCCUAUAGGGUUUUCUAGUUUUAGUUGCCAUUAUAGUAGUCAAAUUUGUGGCCACUUAAGAAGUUAAAAAUUAGUGGCCACUAUAGGGGUCUAAGUGCUACUACUAGAUCUCUAAAAAUUUUAGUGGCCACUUUAGGGGUCAAUGGAUCAACAUAACUGGUUCAAUCUGUUCGUUUUAAAAUUAUUUACUGGAAGGAAUACUGGAUGAAAAACUACUGAAGUGGCCACUAAAACGGAAAACAGUGGCCACUAUAGAGGUGGAUUUAGUGGCCACUUUAGUGUCCUCUCCAAGUACUCCUUGGCGAGCCUCUAUAGUGGCCACUAAAAAAAUUUUUCCCACCUGCUCCAAAAAAAAUUUUUUAAUUUUUUUCAUAUUUUGCUAGAGUCUCAGAUUAGAUUUGUACCUUCAAAAAUACACUUGAAGUUAUUUUAAAAAUUCUUUUUUUUAAAUCUUGUUUUAACUCGAAAAAAACACAAGCAGUUUCAAAUUUCACACGAUUCAAGUCUGAAUUUUUAUAAAAAUUUUUUUCCCUUUUUGAUUUCUCUCUCACUAUUCACUUUGUACGCUGAUGAAAAAAACUUUUUACAUUUUUUUCUUUUUUUGCAAAUCGCUUUGCAAAAAUUGAGCCGAAUGUAAGAUGAGAAGCUAGGGAGGGAUCUUCUACAAAAAAUGGCAUUUUCUUUGAAAAAAAAAAUCGGUCAGUGUUCCAAAAAUGAGAAAAAUUCACUGAACUUUAACCAGGGUCUUAAAUUUGAAUAUAACUGAGACUCACUUGAAAAAUUAACAAAUGGAGAAUAAUUUUCGGCUUCUUUUUCUAAAAAUUCAGCCCAAAAUUGGCCUUUCCAUCUUCUGAUCCCACUUUUUUCCAUUCCAACUUGUGUUCUAUUUUUAAAAUUUCCGCCUCCCACUCGAAAAAUAUCAGGAAAAGCACGCAUAAUGUCGCACUUUUCCCAGUUUCUCGAAGCCACAUUGAAAUUGCAUGAAAAGGGCUCGAAAUAAUUGACUCCUCCAGGGUCAACGUUUCAAACUCGCGUGCCAGGGAGACGAAAGCCCGAAAAGAAAACCAUUAAUAUGACGUCUUCCGAUUUUUUUGAGCUUUGUGUAACAUUUUUUUAGAGGGGGUAAAGGAAAAAGGUGGACAAUUUUUUUGAAAAAAAUUCUCUUUUAAAAAUUCUAACCUUCAGAUUCGACAUGAAAUCUCUGAUAGAUUUUUUUGAGCUGUUUUGUCUUUCAUAGGACUUUAUUUAGGGGGGUCGAGGAAAAAAACUAGAAAAAAAUUCCAAGAAAGGUUACGAUCUUUCCAAAAAUCCUCUCUCGAACUCCUUAAUUUUUUUGUUCCAAUAAAAUUCCUAACCAAGCUCUUAAGAUUUUUUUCAAAAAAACUUCCCAAACACCAUAUUUCUAUCCCAAUUUUCCUCUCAACUUUAAAAAUUAUACUUCAAAAACACAAAAAAACCAAUAAUUUCUUGAGAAACUCCAAUUUUCCAAUCUCAAUUUCAAGUCCAAUGCGAAUUUCAACGUUUAGCCUCAAGUUGAGGGGAAAAUUCGAAAAACACUCGAAAAUCAGAUGUAAAAAGCGAUGGAAUUGAAUUUGGCGUAAAGAACGGGCCAACGAACGAAAUGGCCCGGAAAUUAGGCAAGCCGCCAAACUCAAAAAAACUCACAACACAUCCAAAAAUCGUGGAUAAGAAACAAAAUAUUAUAGGAAGUAUUGAGGAGAUUUUUGAGCAAAUGAAAAAAUUUAGAGAAAUCAGUUUUAUACAGCAAUAUUAUUUUUUUGCUUUUUAUAUUUCAAAGUGUAAGAAAACCAAUAACUUCUUGGAAAUAAUCAACUUUUUUUGAGGGGGCAAAGUGGCCCUUAGUAGAGACCCUCCAAGGGUAGCCCCUAUAGGGACCAUUCUGGAAUUCCUAAGUACUUGGUUAAUCAAAAGCUCAUAGGAAUAUUCCGAAAAAAAGUCCAAAAAAAAUUUUUUUAAGCUGUAAGGUUAAAAUAAAUAAUGGGCCUAAAACAGUGCAGAAAGUGACUGAAAAGGUUAUUUCAAAGAAAAAGCGUGUAAUGAGAAAAAAUAAGUUUAAAAACCAGUUUUGAUACAUGGGAAUAAGCAAACCAUGACUUAAUGAGCCCUAAAAUUCCCCUUAAUCGAUUAUUUUGAAAUUUCAAUGGAAUCGAAGGACGGCGUCCUACCUUUGAGAAGUUUUAAAAAUAAAAAUGUUUUUUUUUUCAAGUGUAAAAAAAAAAUCUAUACAAAGCGCGCUAUCAUGCUGACCCGGGGCUCAACUUUUUUUCAAAUAUUUCAAAAAUUUCCAAUUUUGGCGUACCUCUAAUCCCUCGAAGAUCAUCGAAAAGCAUCACGUCUUCUAUUUUUCGGCGCUUCGAACCAAAAUAGCAUCUGAAAGUUUUUUUCUAAAUUUUUCGAAAGUGUACAAAUAUUUCGAGACAAAAAACCGACUAGAAAGAGAUAUAUUGAUUAAAACACUUUAGGAAUCACUUCCCGAAGUAGAAAUCAGAAAUUUGAGAAGGAAAAAAAUCAAAAGAAAUGGGUGUUCACAAAAUUCUUUUGGGACUUUUUUAAAGGACUGAUAAAAUUUUUAGUGACCACUUUAAUGUUUUGACCUGUUAGUGGCCACUAUAGUAGUCGAAUUAAUGUUCACUUAAGUGAAAAAAAUUUAUUGGCCUCUUUAGAAAUCUAAGGGGACUUACUAGGCCACAAACGCAAAAUAGUGGCUUCUAUAAAGGUGGUUUCAGUGGCCACUUUAGCGCCCCCUUCAAGAACUCCUUGAGGAAUCUCUUAAGUGGCCACUAGAGUUUUUCUCAAUAGCAUGAACAAUUUUUCUAAAGCCGGUAAAACGUUUAUGCUUAUUUUAGCCGUGGAAAAUCUACUUUUACUGUUUUCUUUUUCAAGCUUUCUAAUUUAUUUCCAUUCUUCCUGCAUUCAUCUUUCUAUACGAUCCAUUUCUUCAUUACAAACCAAAUUCCUUCAAAAAAUUCCUCUGAAGCUUCCGUUCCAAUCAAUUAACAGGAGCACAAAAAACACUUCUUUCUCAAAAAGCUUCUUCAAGUUUCCCAAUAAAUGUUAUUCGACAUGUCCGUCCGACGCCGAUUAAUUGGUACGGAAGGCGAGAAAAUAUUCAGGCGAGCCUGAACGAAGAUUUGCUCAUUUUGCUGCCCCUUGAGCUCCUUUUAAUUAUUUUUUUCCCGCCUAGGCUCUCAAAGUCUCUGGGGAGUCACAGGAUACCGUGUAUUCUUGAGGUCUUGACAAACGUCUUAAUUAAUUUAUUCGGUUUAUGUGAAUUCCUACAAGGGAGGUCAUUUUACUCUAAUGUUGGGAUUUUCCUGAAAUCCGGCCAGAAUACUCCUUGAUGUACUAAAAACAGAUUCUAAAACAUUCAAACAGCACAAGUACGAGUUUUUGAGAAAUAAGGCUCAUCGAUUUUUUUAAGCCCAACAAAGUUGAACGAAACGUAAAAAUUUCAAAGUUUUCUUCAAAGAAUAUCGAACUUGAGUUGAAUUAUCAUAUACCAUGAAUGUUCUUUCACAACUUAUCCAAAGGAAUACUAAAUCAUUCGUGCCGAUGCUUCCCGUCACUCAUUUUUCACUCGAGCAAAGAUUGUUAAUAAUUAAUGACUGUAAUUCCGCUUCUGACGGCUUCUUUCCAUCCUAAUCAAAAGUCAGCAAAAAUAGGGAAGUUACAAAGUUGAAGAAGCAACGAUAACGAAUGAAAGCGGAGAAAAAACAUAUCACAAAAAAAAAUAAAAAGCUUAAAAAAUGCUGCACUACAAAACGAAAGAUAUGGAACUUAACCUUUCAAAUGACAAAAUAAUCAUUCUAGAAACUUAUAGUUCUAUAUAUCUCAUUCAGCAAGGCGAAAAAACUUUUAAAACGAAAUAAAUAAAAUAAAUUCGCCUUUUUUUCGCGAUGAUUUGUGAAAUACGAGCAAAUGCGCGCCACUGCACAGAUCGAUAGAUUUUGUCUCGCAUUUUGUUUUUCAUUAAAACUUUCUUUAUUAUGAUAGAAUUGGGUUAUUAUUUAUACUAUUCUGAACCUUGUAUGAAAAGGAGCAAAUUUAUGCAGCUUUUAUACGAAAAAAACAAGGAAAAAUAGCCCAAAAUAAGCGGGUUAGCAAAGUAAAAAAAGUUUUUUUAAUCAGUUCCCCUACAAUAUUUGUAUUUUUUUACUUGAGAUUUUUUUGGAUCAAGUUUUCGUAUUCCUUGUUAAAUAGAUAAUUUUCAGGUGUUCCGUACCGCAAGAAGACACAUUUUUUUCUCGUACGCCGCGUGCUGUGAUAAUGAAUGCUGCACUCGACUCCGCUUCUGGGUCUAGUCAGUCUUUCAAUUAUUAUUUUCGACUUACUGAAAAAAAGUGUAUCCUAGGUUUGAAUUUUUUUUUAAUCUCUAGCUAAAUAUGCUAAGGAAAACUUAUCUUUAAUUAGACUUCAGAAAAAGCUUCAGAAAGAAGACGACAUGAAAAAAAGAUACUUCGAAACUUUAAAGGAAAAUUGAAACGUAUUGGCCACAGGCGAAAAUUUUUUGGGGUUGAUUUAACAUAAUUUUUUUGAUAUUUCACUUUGGAACAGAUCUUCGGCCGCAAAAAUUGAAAUAUAAUGUUAAAAUUUGAGAACACCUUUUUUUGUUGGAAAUUCAAUCAGGAAAGCAAAUACAGACGGGGUCGAAUUUCAGGUUUUACAAGGCUUUGAAUCUUUUUAAAUUGAGGUGAAAAUGUUAUUUUUUUCUGAGGCUUAUGGAGAGUUCUCUUCUAAUAGAGAAAUAAUGCUUUGAAAAAAAGGUUUUAGAAAAAAAUUAUUGAAAAAGCCGAAAAAAGGUCUUGUUGAAAUUGAAAAAAAUUGUUGGCCUUUUUUUGAGAAUAUUUAAAGGAAGCUGAAUUUAAUAUAAACUUAUUUCCAUUGUUUUCUCAUCAAAGCUUGAAUUUAGAGGCUAGAUACAAAUAAUUUGGAAAAAAAGAAUCUACAGUAGAAAAAUCUUUGUGUUUUUCAGUUUUUAGAUAACUCUUUCGAGCCUACAAAAAUUCGUGCACCCGUGAAAAAUUUUUUUUUUACUUUUUAAAGAGUGAAAAAGAGGAUAGCAGAAAAAAAAGAGUCAAUAAUAGCUAAUUUAAAGGCCCAAUAGGUUGAUAAAAAGGUCUAAAAAUGCAGAUUAAAAUUUUCCCUUUUUAGGUAAAUUUAUCGGAAAAUAUGAGAUUUAAAGGUUCUUAACGCUUUUUUUUUCAAGUCUUAAGGUUUUUGGUCUAGGUUUAAGUAUUUUACUCUUAAAACUUAAGGUUACACUUUCACGAAAAAAGAUUUUCCAAUAAAGAAAACCAUUUGCAGUCCGGCCAGCAUCGCCGCGAUCGGAUUCAUCGCGGGCGCCUUCUUCGCCCUGUGUUUCCAGUGCCGCUGAGGCCUUCCACUUCGACAUAUUCUCUUUGGCUUUCAACAAAACUCCUCACAUUAUCCAUUUCUCUUCAAUAAAACAUCUUUUAUUUGGUUUUUUUUUCUUUUUUUUUCUCCUGACGCAUAAUUGAAAAGAAAAAAAGAUCACAUACAUAUAUAACAGAAUCCGAACCAUUCUCUUAUAUCACGAUGUUUUGUGAGAGGACGGAAAAAUGGUUGCUGAGGUUAAAUAGUUGCAGGAACACAGGACAACAAUUAG